AUGACUACCUUAAACCACACUGGUGUUAGCCACACAAUCUUCCGCUUGCUGGGCAUCCCUGGUCUAGAAGACAAGCACAUGUGGAUUUCCAUUCCCUUCUUCAUUUCCUAUGUCAUUGCCCUGCUUGGGAAUAGCCUGCUCAUUUUCAUUACCCUGACAAAGAGCAGUCUCCAUGAACCCAUGUACCUCUUCCUCUGCAUGCUGGCUGGAGCAGACCUUGUCCUGUCCACCACCGCAAUUCCUAAGGCCUUAGCCAUCUUCUGGUUCCGUGCUGGGGAGAUCUCCCUGGAUCACUGCAUUACUCAGUUCUUUAUCAUCCACUGCACUUUCAUCGCUGAGUCGGGGAUCUUGCUGGUGAUGGCAUUUGAUCGCUACAUUGCCAUAUGCUACCCACUGAGAUACACCACUAUUCUUACAAAUGCUCUAAUUGGAAAAAUUGGUGUAAUCAUCUUUCUCAGAAGCUAUUGUACAAUUUUCCCCAUAAUAUUUCUUUUGAAACGAUUGACUUUCUGCCAAAAUAAUAUUAUUCCUCACACCCUUUGUGAGCACAUUGGCUUGGCCAAAUAUGCUUGUAAUGACAUUCGAGUGAACAUAUGGUACGGACUUUUUGUCAUAAUGUCAACAGUGGUCUUAGAUGUUCUGUUAAUUUUUGUUUCCUAUGUGCUGAUUCUCCACGCUGUCUUCCACAUGCCUUCCCAAGAUGCUCGCCACAAAGCUCUCAACACAUGUGCCUCCCAUGUCUGCAUCAUCGUCCUAUUUUAUGGGCCUGCAAUCUUCACAACCCUCACUCAGCGGUUUGGACGCCACAUUCCACCUCAUAUUCACAUCUUGUUGGCUAAUGUCUGCAUUCUGCUUCCACCUAUGCUGAAUCCCAUCAUUUAUGGAAUGAAGACCAAGCAAAUCCGGGAGCAGUUGGCUCACAUAUUUUUUUCCAAAGCAAAUAUAAUUUUGGAAUAG